AGGCCCUAAGCAAAGCAGUAGAGAUAUUUGGUAGUAUGCACAGUUAAGUGCGCCAAUACCUUGAUGCCUGGCAAACUACAAGACGACUAGUUCAAACCGGAAUUAUUUUGGGGAAGUUCUCUAGCCUGUUACAGAGAAGGUCAUAGAUUCUAAGGCCAGAAGGGACCAUUGUGAUCAUCUAGUCUGACUUCCUGUAUGGUACAGGCCAGAGAACUUCCCCAAAAUAAUUCCUAGAGCAGAGCUUUCAGAAAACAUCCAAUCUUGAUUUAAAAAUUGUCAGUGAUGGAGAAUCCACCGUGACCCUGGGUAAAUUGUGCCAACGGUUCAUUACUCUCUGUUAAAAAUGUAUGCCUUAUUUCCAGUCUAAAUUUGUCUAGCUUCAACUUCCAGCCGUUGGAUCAUGUUAGACCUUUCUCGGAUAGACUGAAGGAGCCCAUUAUUAUUAAAUAUUUGCUCCCCAUAUAGGUACUUAUAGACUGUGAUCAAGUCACCUCUUAACCUUCUUUUUGUUAGACUCUAAGAGCACAAUCCAGUUAGUUUAUCACUAGGCAGGUUUUCUAAUGAUUUAAUCAUUCUCAUGGCUGUUCUCUGAACCCUCUCCAAUUUAUCAACAUCCUUCUGGAAUUGUGGGCAUCAGACCUGGACACAGCAUUCCAGCCACGGUUACACCAGUGCCAAAUACAAAGACAGGUCUGGGGCUAGGACAUGAGCUCCCAGGAGACCCCACAAGCUCGGAGAUUCCCCAUAGAGGCAGGAGAUUCUCCCAGCCUGGCAGCUGCUCCAGAGACCCAAGAGCCAGUUGCCACUGAGCACACUGCAGCAAGGCAGCUGAGAAGAUGCCCCGGGUGCCACUGCCUGACCCUGCCCAACGUUCCUAUUGACGUUUACAUUGCCAUGGGCGGGAACGGGAGGCCACGGACCACCUAACGGUUCCCCCGAGUUGGGCUCGAGCGCGGAGACCGCCGAGCUGGUCACCCGAAACACCCUGACAGCUGGAGAACCGCAAAGGACGCCGCCACACAAA